GUAACAGUUCUGUGGCCCUCAGUAACAAUUCUGUGUCCCUCAGUAACAAUUCUGUGUCUGUCCCUAAGUAACAAUUCUGUGUCCCUAAGUAACGUUUCUGUGGCCCUAAGUAACAGUUCUGUGGCCCUCAGUAACAAUUCUGUGUCCCUCAGUAACAAUUCUGUGUCUGUCCCUAAGUAACAAUUCUGUGGCCCUAAGUAACGGUUCUGUGGCCCUAAGUAACCCUUUCUGUGUCCCUAAGUAAAGUUUCUGUGGCCCCAGUAAGUUUC